AUGGCAAACUUAAACAUACCAUUUUUACUUUUGCAACCUUCUUUGUGCGAAUUCGCACCUUCAAUUUAGACUUCAAAAUUGAUUCCGUAUGAAAAAUAUAAUUUUAAGCCAGGUGGGGCUCAAUCCUAGAGACAUUAAAAUGCGAGCAUAAUUCAUAAGAGUAAUAGUGGACUUCAUUUGGUUCCAGAUUAACUUAAUCAAGGUAAAUCACCUAGCUCUCAACUUAGAUAAGAUAACAGAGAUCAAAAUUAUGACCCGACUAAGUAUUCUACUUUUGAGGAUAUUCCUAAGAAUCUCGUCAUCAUGUCAGAUAUGAAAUCUGGUAACAUGAUAUUAUGCCAUUAAGAGCAUUAUUUGACAACUAAAAAGAUGGAAAAUAGUGUUCAAAAGCAGAAAAAUGUGACCAAAUUUAUUGUUAGUCUCAUUCCUAGAGUUGCCUUGAUACCUUCAAUUAGUGAGCAAUCUGGUAAAGUAGUUGAUUACACUUUAGUACGAUCCCCAGCACCGAAUAUUUUGGAUAAUAGAAUCAGAUUGUGGAACACGAAUGACGGCAGAUGCCUUUUAGCUUCUCAAAAGGAUAUGCUAGUUACAAAAGCAACCAAAAUUGAAUAGAUAAAAAAUCAUCCAGGAAACGUAUUGAUAAUUGGAGAGGAGAAAGAUGUGUAUGUUGUUAACAUUUACAAGAUGAUGGUGUACAAGCAUUUCCAAUAUGACAUUGAAGGAUGUCUCAGUUGUAUUUUCUAAGAUAAAAAUCUUGUCAUUUGUGAACAAUCAAUCGGAGAGGAUGAUGAAAUACCAGAUAACUAAGUGCUUGCUUUUUACUUUAUAAAUUCAGAGCAAGUUUUCAUCAUUAGUGAACAUCGAGUGGAUCUUUACUUAUAAAAAACUAGGAAUACUAUUUUCUCUUUCAGCAACAAAAAUAAACUGAUAUUUGCCAAAUUUAUCAAUAUUUGUGAAAGAGAGAUGCUUAUAGUAGUUAAUCAAGAUUUGGAUUGCUGCAUAUUUGACUUGAAGAGACUUAGAAAUGAGGUAUAGUCUCAUCAUAGUCAAAAAUUGAAUCCACACUAGUUUGCUUUAGUGCAGAUGAAUCUGUUCGAAAAUUCAAGAUUUUUCGAUCACAAUCUUGUCAAGCAUGAAGAUCAUUAGAAUAUAUUUAAUGAUGCAGAAAGCAUUAAAAAGGAAUACAUAAUUAAAGUGAGAGAGCAGUUAAUAAAACACUAGGACUCUAAAGAAUAACAAUUGAACUUCAGAUAUUCAAAGAGUGAAAAUGUGUUGUACACAUUUGUAAUUGUAGAAAAUGAAUCUAAGAUGGUUUCUUGGAGUUUCCAAACAAUAUUUGAAAACUUGAAUUACUAAGAAGAACUUGGUUCAGAUACUAAACUACCUUUAUUUGUAAACAAUAUUUAGCUAUUCCCACAAGCUAUUGAGAAUUGUCCAAUUAACUUUUACUCUUUAGUGAUUAAAAAUAUCUACAAUAAACACUAGUUCCAGUUUUUCUUCUCAGAUGAAAAAGUUACAGAUUCUGUUACAUAUGGAUCUUCAGACAACCCAGCAUUAAUUAUAGGAACAAACUAUGGAAGAAUUUUUAUAGUACCAAUGUUUCAAGAGAGUGAUGAGAGAGUUUAUCCAAUAAUUUUGAUUGAUUAGCAUCAUUAAACUCCUAUCACUCAGUUGUUCGUUGCAUAUGAUUCUAGCAGAAGAGUUAGAGGACCAGUUAAAAAUUCUCAAAACUAAUAGCAUCCCGUCAAAGAUAAUCUAUAUGAUCACGGAGGUCAUCUCAUUGGUGUAAGUUAAGAUGGAACCGUCUCUAUCACAAAUCUAAAUAGUGGAGAGAUCAAUAGAGCACUACAAAAUUUCAAUCUUCAGGAUAAGGAGAAAAAUAGAGCAGAUCAAUUCAUAACUUAAGUUAAUGAAAACAGAAAAAAUAAAAGGAGAAACAGUAUUACACAAUGCUUCUAGAUGAAUUCUUUCUUUCACAUGGUGAAAUGCAAAUCAUAAAGCGUCUAUGACUAUUCGGCAUUCGGUAAAAUCGAAAAGAUUAUUGAGGUUAAAAGCAUUACAAAGCUUUAAGAAAAAAUACUAGGAAUCAAUCAUCACAACUUAUUCAGAUCGCACACAAUAUCAGCUGAAAGAAAAUCUGAGUUUGAAGACUAUUCAACUUAAAAGAGAAGAGGAUCAUUUUAAGGAUAGAAUUUUGCAGAUGAAUAUUUCUAAACUCAUUUGUCUACUUACGCUUGCAUAUCAGAUGAUGGCUCAGUAUUAGUACUUCAGAUCUCAAACUUAAAUUCUACUCUAAAUAAGCUUUAAGGAAUGGAUUCAAAAGCAGUUGGUGUUUAUAGUAAUGAUGAGCUGAAUUAAUACUAUAUUCUAACAGAAAAGCUCAACUUCUAUAUCUAUAACAGAAAAUCUCACAUUCUUGAAAGAAAAUGUGACUUUAAAUACGCAAUUAACUCUCUGUAUAUCAAAGAAACUGUUGAAUAUCUCGUUUCAAAGAAUGAGUGUUUCAAGUUAGCUACAAAAUCUGAUCAUAAUGUCUUUGACUAUGAAUCUUUUGAAAGAAUAUUCAGAAGAUAAUCAUUAUUGAUGGGAUAAGGCACUCAUAAGAUUCUCGAUUAUUUAAGUUUAUCAUUGAACUUACCACUUUAAUAUCAUCCCCACAAUAUGCAUUCUCAUAAAUACACUAAGGUGAUGCAAGAUAUCUUAAAUAACAGAUAGAGCUUAACUGAUUUCAGCAAAAAAGAUGAGGCGUAGAAAAUUAUAUUGAGAGUUAUCAAUGAUAGCUUCUUUAAUAACAACUUGAUGUAUAAAUCUGAUUUUAAUGAUGAAUACUUCUAUCGAUAGACUGGUGUCACUGUAAUACAAACAAGUGAUACUAUAUUCAGGUCGAAAUAACAAAUAAUCAUAGCUAACACAAAGCAAAUAAUAAAUGUAAUGAGGCAUAAAAUGCAAAAAAUAAAGAACUAAAAACUUCAAUAAAAUUCACAACCUGGUGGAGGCUAAUUGAACAAAUAGAAAGCCCCUGGAAACAAGGGAGAUUAAAUGGUACUUGAUGAAGAUAAAGAAGAAUCGAAAUUCAGUAGAGGUACAAUUACACCUAAAGGAAGAAUGUCUAAGAAAGUACCAUAAUUCUCUGCAUUAAGAAACGAGAAUAUUCCUUAGUAACCAGAAAAUGAAGGGUUAAGUAAAUAUAAAUGGCCAUGUAGACUCCUCUCUCUAGUUCAUCCUUUUAAUAUUGACUUCAAUGUAGAUGAAAAUCUAGAGCGAUUCUUUGGCUUAAACUUGCCUUUCUUAGAUUUUAGACUUGGUAUUCAAGGUGCAGAUGAAAGCUUUUCAUUUAUAAUAUCUAAAGAAGAUGAAGACUAUCACUCUGAAAGAAAUAAUAUAUCAAAGAUGCUGAGAUUGCUGAGACUUUCCAAGUAUUCAAGAGGCCAAUUGAAACCAUCAAUUGAUUUCCUUUAAGAAAAUGCUAGAGUAAAUACUUAAGUUCUAGGAUCAGUACUUCAGUUCAAUACAUCUGAUAUAGACUCAGAAGUGCCUGAUAGAUUUUUCGGCUCAGAAAACUGGAAGAUAUCUAGUUACAUGUCUACAAUAAUUCCUACAUUUUUCUUAUCUCAGCUUGUCUCAAUUGUUGAAUAUAGCCAGCCAGACAUCACAUUCUUACUUUAAGAAUGGGUUUAUAUCCUCCAAAGAAUAAAUUAGUAAAAAACUAUCCAUAAUAGUAAUGGCAUUUCUUUAUCAGUAGUAAGUAAAAUUUUGCUGAAGAAAGAUGCAAACAUAUCUACAACAGGUAGAGAUAUCAUAAUGAAGCCCAUCCUUUAUACAAUUGAUACUGACUAAUUAAAACACUUAAUAGAUGAAUGGUCUAAUCUUAUUAUGGAGACAUACAAAAAAUUAAAGAAAGAAUCGUCUGUAAAAUCUAACUAUGGGCAGCCUCAUGCUGGUAACCAUUUAGCAGUAAAUGAAGGUUCUAGGUCUUAGAGCACUCAUGCUUAAAAUUAAUAACAGAAUGUGAGAAAACUUAUCAACUAAUACUUUGGAGAACUUGAAAUUAGAGGUCUUGUCAAUAUUUCAUUCUUUGCUCUAUAUUAUUUUGAUCAGCUUGAUCAUACUCUCUAAUAUAGAGUAUCUAAGCUUACUACAAUUUUGACCAGAGAGAUAGUUGAUAAGUUUGACAAGAAUAAGAAAUAUAUCAAUUUAUUGACUUUAUUGCUAUAAAUUCUUAGCAUAUGGAUGAAGAGCUAGGGCAAUUAAUUCAAUAAUAAGCCCCUAAUAAGUGAAGUAAUAAAACUUCUACUAUACAUCUAUAAUAUCAAUAAAUCUGCAUUGAACAAAGAAAAUGUGAUUACUAGAGUUACUGGAUAGAAUUUCCAUUUAAUUAAGCCUACUAACCCAGAACUGUAUUUAAAGCUUACAGCUGCAAGAGCCCUUCUUGAAAUCGGUGAGAAUUUCACUUACGAUUUCCUUUAGCUUAUAUAAGAAGAAGCCACUCAUUUAUAGCAAAGUCCUGAGUAUCAAUAAAAUGUCCUAGAAGUUUUAAAAUUCUUUAUUAAUGGAUACGGAGAAAAUUUGGAGAAUCAUCUUAUAUAAUUGACAUAAAUUCUUUUGAAAUGCCUUGAUCCAAAUGAGUUAGCACUAAGAAAGAAUUCUCAUAAGAUUAUCUCAGUUAUUUUAAGCAUAAUGGUUAAGAUGUUCCCUAUGGUCGCAUUCCAUCAUGAAUCUUAGAGACUAGCAGUUGGUACUCAUGAUGGACCUAUCGCUAUUUAUGAUGUUCGAACUUCUGCAAAAUGGAAGAUAUUAGAAGGACAUUCAGGUAAUGUUACUUGUUUGAGUUUUGAUUCAAAAGGAAAUCUACUUGCAUCAUAUUCUGCAGUUGAUUUGACUUUAAGACUAUGGAAAGUUGGUAACACAGGUUUCUUCUCAACCAUAAUGGGAGGAACUGGAAAGAGUGCUAACACAAUCAUUCUUGAGCCAUUGAGAAAUAUUAAAAAUCCUCAUCACUUGUUGCAGAUGAAAAAGCAUCAAUCAGUUUAUUAACAAGACAUGAAAUCAAACAGCAAUUUACUAGAUGAUGCUCAAAUUUAAAAUCAAGCUUAGGGCAGUUCUUAGCAGUCUUCUGGCGGUAGUAAGAGAAUCAAUAAAUGCAGCAUCAAAUUUAUUUUGCCCAAGGAAAAACAUGUUGAACUUGUAAGGGAAGAUGGCGUCACUACUUCACAUAAGCUUGUUAAGUGA